AUGGUAAGUAGUGACAUCUAUGCCUCUAGUUCGAAAAGAAGGCAACCAAUGAAUGAUUCAGUCGACUCUCCACCGUCUCUGCCGCCGCAAACUCGACCGCAACCACUAUCGGCAUCGGUGAACAGCGCGUCUACGGUUUGUACCGAAGUCGACUACCGCUGCAACGACGGGAAGUGUAUCCGUGCCGAGUGGAGGUGUGACGGAUCUGGAGACUGUUCAGAGGGCGAGGACGAGAAGGGUUGCCCUCAUCCGGGAUGUAAAGCGGAUCAGUGGCAGUGUGACAACUACGAGUGGCACAGUGUCUCGUGCAUUGCUGAGUAUCAACGGUGUGAUAACAUCACUGACUGUGCUGAUGGAUCAGACGAGAAGGACUGCCCUGCGAAUCCUGUGGACUGUGACAAUCAUGACGGCAGCGUGUUUAUGUGUGCUGACGGUCGGCAGUGUUUCGAUGUUUCAAAAAAAUGCGACGGAAAAUAUGACUGCAGAGAUCUGAGUGACGAAAAGGAUUCAUGCUCACAUAACCAUACUGCCUGCUUCCAAUAUCAGUUUCGAUGUGCCGAUCAAUCUCAAUGUGUUCAAAAGUCGUGGGUUUGUGACGGCUCAAAAGAUUGCGCUGAUGGUUCAGACGAACCAGAAACAUGUGAAUUCAAGCCAUGCUCUGCCAGUGAGUUUCAAUGCAAGAACAAACGCUGCCAACCGAGAAAGUUCAAGUGUGACUUCUAUGAUGACUGUGGGGAUAAUUCGGAUGAGGAAAACUGCGGCGAAUAUCGGUGCCCACCAGGAAAGUGGCAUUGUAAAGACAGCGGUCACUGCAUAGAAGAAGUUCGGUUGUGCGAUGGUGUGAAGGACUGUGCUGAUGGCGCUGACGAGGAGAACUGCUCUCAGAAUUUGUGUCCAUCUCUUGGCUGUCAGGCAGGAUGCCAUGCUUCACCUCAUGGCGGAGAGUGCACUUGCCCAGAUGGAUACAGACUGGACGAGAGAUUUCACAGAACGUGUUCAGACAUAAACGAGUGUGCGGAGUUCGGCUAUUGUGAUCAGCUUUGCGCCAACCAUCAUCCCGGAUUUACUUGCUCUUGUCUUGGUAACUGCUACACACUUCAGAUGUUUCAUGGACCCGGCCAAGAUAACCUUACUACUCGCGGUUACUGCAUAUCUGAAAAUGCUGAGAAAAUGAAACUCUUCGUCGCCCGUAGAGAAGGACUAUACAGAAUUGAUCCAAACGGUCCUAACACCGAGCCCAAACGUCUUGCUUCUGGAGAGUUCAUUUACGGAAUCGAUUUCGAUUACGGCGACCGUAAGAUCUUUUGGACUGAUCGUCUUUCUCAUUCUGCAUUCAGUGCAGAUGUGGAUGAAGAUGGUGAAAUUUCUCAAAUCAAGAAAUUGGGCCUGAAAUCACUAGUUUAUCCGCGGUCGCUGGCUGUUGACUGGAUCACCAACACUCUCUACAUUAUCGAAUCCGGUUCGCGUCGUAUCGAUGUCUCCUCUUUCGACGGCGAUCGUCGCACAGUUCUGUUAGCUGAUGGCCUUACACUUCCACUCGAUAUUGCGUUGGAUCCACUUAGAGGAGAAAUGUUCUUCACCAAUCAAUUCAAAGUGGAGGGAGCUGCUAUGGAUGGGUCUCGGCGCAGAACCUUGAUAAACACACACACGCACCAGGUUUCUGGAAUUGUCGUAGACAUUCCGGCAAAGAGAGUGUAUUGGGUGGACCCAAAAGUCGAUCGAGUUGAAAGCAUCGAUUAUCAGGGUAACGAUCGACGCAUUAUCGCGCAGACUAUGAACAAUGUGCCCCAUCCGUUCGGCCUGACGCUAUUCGAUCAGUACUUGUAUUGGACUGAUUGGACCCGACUUGGAGUAGUGAAGAUUGAAAAAUUCGGAUCACCAACCGAAAUUAUUUGGACUAACAAGGAAAAUAAUCUCUUUCCUAUGGGCAUCUCCGCUUAUCAUCCUAUGGCGCAACCGGGACCUAACCAAAGUGAUUGCUUGGUGCAGAAAAUUGACAAUCCCUGUGCCACAGCCGACUGCGAAGGAAUGUGCAUCCUGUCUAAGGAUGCCGGUGGAUUCGGAGUGGGAUACCGAUGCACUUGUCCAAUUGGUCAGAAACUGGUGGAGGGGAAGAAGUGUAUUGAUUCGAUCGAUUACUUACUUUUUUCCAGCAACAAAAUCGUUCGAGGAAUUUUUCCCGACCAGACUUCGCUAUCGGAAGCCAUUUUACCUAUUUCGCCGAUUUCGCAACGAAGAAUUGGAAUGUACUUCGAAGUGGAAUGCGACGUACAUGGCAAUAGUUUCUUCUAUGCUGAUAUCAUGGAUAAUACCAUACACCGAAUUCGUCCUGAUGGUGAGGGUGCGGCGCCAGUUUUGGUCACACAUAACGACGGUCUCGUUUCAAUGUCAUUUGAUUGGAUAAGCAAACAGCUGUACUACAUCGACAACAUCAGAAACAGUUUAGAGGUGGUAAAGAUUGCCGACACUGGUCUUGUUCAUCCAGACCAGCUCACCCAUCGCCAGUUGCUAAAGAAUCUUCGCGAUCCCGUAUCCGUAGUUAUUCAUCCAUGGAAAGGAUAUCUGUUCUAUGCAGAAGCUCAGCGGCCUGCCAAAAUGUACAGGUGUCACAUGGACGCUACGAACUGUGUGGUUAUCCGCAACACGACACUUGGAAGACCGUCUGAGAUGGCGAUCGAUUUCGAAGAGAACCGAUUAUGCUGGGGAGAUACGCUACUAAAACUGAUCAGCUGCAUGGAUUUCGACGGUUCAAAUGUGGUUGUCUUGCCAGUUGAUAAUCCGAUACCGGUCGCGUUGGCAAUCAUGGAAGACCAUCUAUACUACGUACAUCAACGGCCCUAUUCCAUUCGCCAAGUUAGUAAAAGAAACGGCGGCACUGGACGAGUUAUUCGUGAAUUCUCGGGCGAAGAACGAAGCAUAUUUAGUUUGAAAGCAUGUAGUCAUGCUAACCAGCCGAUCCCUGGGGACUCGCAGGACCAUCCGUGUCACGCUUCCAACUGUGCCCAGUUCUGCUUCGUCAUGCCGAACAACUCCUCGGCGAACGACGCACCACAACUUGUUUCCCAGUGUGCAUGUCGGCAAGGGUUUAAAAUUAAUCCUGAAAAUGGGUACACAUGUCAAAAGGAUAACUCUGAACAACCGGAACCUUUAUGUACUUCAAAUACAACACAGUACCAGUGCAAAAAUGGUCGUUGCAUACCGAAAGAAUGGAAGUGCGAUGGCGAAGAUGACUGCCUAGAUGGAUCGGAUGAGGUGGACGCAGAGGGCAACAAAUGUUACCAUGAGACAGAUUGUCCACAAACCACGAUACGCUGCAAAAAUACGAAGAAGUGUAUUCCGGCUCAGUACGGCUGUGAUGGCGAUAAUGAUUGCGGCGACUUCUCGGACGAGGAUGCGCAGUAUUGCAAGGAUGGCCAGAAGCCAGUAUGCUCUUUGAAAAAAUUCCAGUGUGACAAUAACAGGUGCAUUCCGGAGCAGUGGAGAUGCGACUCGGACAAUGAUUGCGGAGACGGCUCCGACGAGAAGCUCGAGUUGUGCGCCAAUUCAACGUGCGCCGUCAACCAGUUUUCUUGUGCUAACGGACGCUGCAUUCCGAUAUAUUGGCUCUGUGAUGGUGACAACGACUGUUACGAUGGUACCGAUGAAGACAAGGAACGUUGUCCGCCGGUGCAGUGUCGUACGGAUUUCGUGUUCUUGGCGCUACAAAACACAUGCACGUCGGACCAGUUCCAAUGUAAGUCGAGCGGUCUUUGCAUACCAGCGACGUGGAAGUGCGACGGGCAGCAGGAUUGCGAUGACUCGUCCGAUGAGCCAGCUUUUGGUUGUAGCACUAAUAGUUGCAAGGAAGACCACUUCAAAUGUGCCAAUGGACGAUGCAUACUUAAUUCAUGGUUGUGCGAUGGCGAAAAUGAUUGCGGCGAUGGGUCCGAUGAGUCGGCUGAGAGCGGUUGCAAGAAAUUACAGCCGACGAGGCGUUGUCCUUUCGAACAGGUGAUGUGUGAUGAAAAUUCAGAUGUAUGCAUUCCAAUUCAUCAGCUGUGUGAUGGUAAAGAGCACUGUCCCGGUGGUAGUGACGAAGGUGGCAGAUGCUCUCGAGAUUUGUGCUCCGCCGAUCGUGCCGGUUGCUCGUUCAAGUGUCACAAUAGCCCGAAUGGUCCUCUAUGCAGUUGCCCAUUCGGAGAACAGCUGGUUAAUAAGACGCGAUGCGAACCAGAGAACGAAUGCCUCGAUGCGAGUUCGUGUUCGCAAAAAUGUAUUGAUGAGAAGCAUGGAUUCUCAUGCAGUUGUGAAGAAGGAUACACUUUGGAUGCAGAUAAACGUACUUGCAAAGUAACUGAAGGUGCGGCGGAUAUGCGUGUCUACAUUUCUAAUCGCAACAGAAUCUACUGGAGCGACAGACAUUUGGACAACUGGCGAACGUUCGCUGCAUCUGUGGAAAACGCCAUCGCCAUUGCUUGGGACAGCGUAACGGACCGAAUAUACUGGUCUGAUAUCCGUGAGAAAAAGAUUUUCUCUGCCACUCGAAAUGGUACUAAUGUGACAACAUUUAUCUCGGAAGGUCUGGACAUCACCGAAGGGAUUGCGCUUGACUGGAUCGGGAGAAGUCUCUAUUGGGUCGAUUCAAGUCUCAAUACCAUUGAAGUGGCCCAUCUUGAUAAUCCUUCAGCACGUGCCGUGCUGGUCCACGAGAACAUCAGCCAACCUCGAGGAAUAGCCGUAGAUCCACGGAAAGGACUCAUGUUUUGGACCGACUGGGGACAGAAUCCGCAUAUUGAGCGAGCAAACAUGGAUGGGACGGAUCGCCGGGUUAUCGUCAGUACGAAGAUAUACUGGCCUAACACUAUAGCGCUCGAUCUAACCACCGAACGAGUGUACUUUGCCGACUCAAAACUCGACUAUAUCGACUUCGUGAACUACGAUGGAACCGGUCGCACACAAGUGCUGUCGUCACCGAAAUUUGUGCAGCAUCCGCAUGCGUUGGCAAUUUUUGAGGACUACAUGUACUAUUCUGAUCGUCGCCUUCAACGACUGCAGGUCUACCCCAAAUACCCUAACGGUACAACCACUGAUUAUCCGAAUCAUACGUUCAGUAAGGCUCUUGGAGUCGUUGCUGUUCAUCCAGUACUUCAGCCGAAGGUCACCACAAAUCCUUGUGAACAUAGUACCUGCUCACACAUUUGCCUUUUGACUUCUAGGGGAUUCUCAUGUGCCUGUCCAAUGGGCAAGUCCCUCGACGAAUCUAGAACAAAUUGUGUCGUCGAUCAGAGGCCGUUCUUGUUGCUAAUCCAAAAGGCGAACAUCUUCGGAGUUGAAAUGACCAGCAGUGGUGGACCUUCACUAGCUGGAAUGAUUCCACUAGCAGGUUUGGCGAAUGCCUUCGACGCGGCAUAUGACUCCGAUUCCGGAGAUGUGAGUUGGAGAUCCUGCUUAGAGACUGACAUUCCUCUUACAAGAUAUGGUGUAAUCACACAACUUUACGCUUCUCAAGUACCAGACGAUCCGUACUGCUUGGCGUUCGACUGGAAUGGUCGUAAUCUCUACGUCGGAAACAAAAUUUCGCAGACGAUCGAAGUGGUUCGUACUGUUGGCACUGAGUACCGAGCAGUUGUGUUAUCCAAUGACCAAACACCGACAGCUGCAGUGAUGCCGGUCUCCAUAGCAGUUGACUCGGAUAAAGGUCUAUUGUUCUGGCUGGACAGAGGUGGCGGUGCGGCGGAUGUGAAGGUAGCUCGAGCAAACCUAGACGGUACGAACGCACUCGUGAUCGCCAGCAGUGACCUCAGCGAAUUGGACCACAUCGCUCUAGAUACCACCAACCAAAGAGUGUAUUUUAGCGAAGCAAAAGCCGGACGAAUCUCUUCAGUUACUUAUGACGGUCAGGAUAGACAUUAUGUGAUGAAUGAUGCGGGCAAACAACCAAACGGGCUUGCAUUCUUCAGUGAUCGCUUGUUCUAUGCUGAUUCUGCUUUCGACUCAAUUGAUGUCGCGACGGUGAUCGGAGACGGGCAACCCCCACAAUUCACGCAUUUCAAGAAGGACGUCGAGAACCUAGUUAACAUCAAAGUACUUCAGCCACGGCCAUCUUCGGUCAAUCAUCCCUGUCGAACUGAUAAUGGGAACUGCAGGCACAUCUGUAUACCACAACAGUUCAGUCAACACAAAUGCAUUUGUGCUACUGGUUACACGAAUGAUGGUCAAACGAACUGCCGAGUUAUUGAUGACUCCUUCGUUAUGGUGGCCACGAAAAAUAAAGUCGUCGCUUAUCCUUUGGACGAGUUGAAUCAGAAAGGCAUGGCUAUGGAACCAAUCGGCGGAAUUUCCAUUGUAUCAAUUGAUUUCGAAUAUGAGAGCAGAACAAUUUAUGUGGCUGAAGCAUCUGGCGUCAAUAAGGGCAUUACAGCGUACACCAUUGGUGAAGCGUUACCUCGCCCGAUAGUUCGCGAUAUGUUUGGCUCGAUGACCAUCCGCAGCAUCGCAGUUGACUGGAUAAACUUCAAUCUGUACUUUAUUAUACAGGAUUCUGAGAGGACCAAUAUUGAGGCGUGCAAAUUGGAUGGACAGUACAGAAAGACUUUGUUCACAACCAAGACCGAAACUCCAACUUCAAUAGCAGUAGAUCCAGUCGGUCGGUAUCUCUACUGGGCCGACCGAGGACAAAAACCAAGUAUUCAGCGUGCGUUCCUCGACGGAACUCACCGCGAGCUUGUGGUCGGGGCUGAGUACGUCGCCGAACCUACAGACGUGAUCGUUGACCCAGCCAGUCGUAUGAUCUACUGGUCUGAUUCCAAGAAAGAUGGAAUCUACAGAGUACGUCCAAAUGGUGGCGUUCCGGAACUGGUGAGAUCGGAUAUUGCUUCUGCCGCCGGAAUAUCAUUAUUUGGCCAGCAAAUGUUCUGGACAGACAACAGGCUCGAAAAGGUCUUCAGGGCGUCUAGUAAACCGAACCAAACCUCGUUGCUGCUGUCGCCAACUACAGUGGCCGCAGCGUUAAAGGAUCUUGGCGAUGUGGUAGUAUUCUGCUCGCACAACCAGCCAAAAGCUUCGUCUCCUUGUCAGAUCACCGACAACCUUCGCAAGAGCCCUUGCCCACAGUUGUGCUUUUCUGCUCCGGGAACGCAAAGUCCCAGCUGUUCUUGUGCCAGAGGCGUACUAAAAGGACGUUCUUGUGAAGAACCGGACACUUAUCUGAUGUUCGCUGACGGUGACCGAAUCGUCGAUGCUUCGAUCGAGCCCGAUGUGAAAGCCAGUCGCCCACUGAAAGAGCCAUUCCCAGCUAUAGAUAAUUUGCAAGUAUUCGACGUUGAUGUCAACCUCCGGCGUGUAUACUACGUCGUGGAAUCUCCAGCAGGUGUGAAUAUUAGCUGGUUCAGCAUGAACAACGCUGCAAAUCCGCGAUUGAUUCUUGGAGCCAGCAAGCAAAAGCAUGCCGCUGAGAUUCAUCACGUCUCUGACAUGAAGCUCGACUGGCUCACUCAGAAAGUCUACUUUACCACUGGCCGUGCAGGGAAAAUCAUGUCGAUCGACUCCCAAGGAGAACAUCUUAGCACAAUCGCCUCAGGCGAUUGGACCUACGCGUUAGCCUUAGAUCCAUGCAGUGGUUUGAUCUUUUGGAGUGACAGUGGCUAUAAAGCGUCUGGAGGACUGUAUGAACCUCGUAUUGAACGUUCAAAUAUGGCCGGAGGUGAUAGAAAGGUCAUCGUAAGCGAAGGAAUCUCGCUACCAGCGGCUAUUGCAGUGGAUUUUAGAGAUUUGAGGAUUUAUUGGGCAGACGUAAACCGUCUAAAAAUCGAAAGUAGCGACUACGAUGGAAACAACAGGAAGGCGAUCGGUUCCGGCUAUCGUGCGAAGUCUUUAGAUCUCUGGAACAACUGGCUGUAUAUGAGCGACCCGCUAAGUAAUGGCGUAUUCCGUUUGAAGAAAGAUUCUGGUGGUGUCAUCGAGACAGUGGUUGGAGAUCGUCGAGUACCAGGAACGGUCAGGGUAUUCGCCUCAGAGAACGACAUUAAAACAAGGAAUCAGAUCUGCAAUGCAAUCACUUUGUCUCUUUGCAAGAUAGAUAACGGUGGAUGUGAUCAAAUCUGCAAUGUAGUAGCUGAUGAUGUUGGUACGGCUGCUACGAGAGUGCAGUGUUCAUGCAACGACACAUAUGAAUUGGUGCAGGAACCAGGAAAGGAUAGUCCGACACAGUGCGUGCUGCGCACAGGCAUGCUGUCCAGCACGGCAAAGGACUGUCAGCCGCCGUACAACUUCCAGUGCAGCGAUGGUGCUUGCGUCUCGCUUGGUGUCACCUGCAAUGGAAAGCCGGACUGCUCCGACACAUCCGACGAAAAUCCAAACUACUGCAACACCAGAUCGUGCCCUGAAAACUACUUUUUGUGCACUAAUAGAAGGUGUAUCGAUGAGGUAAAGCGCUGCAAUCAUAUUGAUGACUGUGGUGACGCUUCGGACGAGUUAGACUGUGCUGCAGCUGUUACAUGUGCUGCCGGAUCGUUUGCUUGUGCAAAUGGACACUGUGUUAAUCAGACUAAAGUUUGUGACGGUCACAAUGACUGCCAUGAUGAAGGUGUUUCUGAUGAGUCGAAAGAGACGUGCCCAGGAUUGCCAAUCGAUUGUCGUGGAGUAAAAAUACGUUGCCCAAAUACGAACAUUUGCAUCCAACCAGCUGACCUCUGCGAUGGCUAUGACGACUGUGGUGACAAGGCAGACGAGAACAAGCUGUUCUGUAUGAAUCAACAAUGCGCUCAGCAUUACGUACGCUGCCCGUCCGGGAGAUGUAUCCCAGAGACAUGGCAGUGCGACGGUGACAAUGACUGUUCAGACGGCUGGGAUGAGACGCACACAAAUUGCACGGAUGAGAACGGAAGACGGAUUUGUGUUGGAGAGUAUCUAUUUCAGUGCGAUAAUGGCAAGUGCAUCUCACGGGCGUUCAUUUGCGAUGGUGAAGAUGAUUGUGGUGACAGUUCUGACGAGCACACCAGACACAGCUGUGGCAAUCGUACAUGCAAUGAGCAGGAAUUCCACUGUGCUUCGAAUGCAAGACUCGUCCAACCAAAAUACGAGUGUAUUCCAAAGGCUUGGCUUUGCGACGGUGAUGUGACCUGCGCAGGAGGAGAGGACGAAGCAGCUGAUUUAUGCAAGGCUGAAAAGAAGGAAUGUAACAAAGGCGAGUUUCGUUGCCAGAACCAACACUGCAUCCAUCAAAGUUGGGAGUGUGAUGGUGAUAAUGACUGUCUGGAUGGAUCUGAUGAACACGCCAAUUGCACUUACUCUUCUUGUCAAGCCGAGUUCUGGCAGUGUGCGAACCACAAGUGUAUACCAACUUCAUGGCGUUGUGAUGGAAACGACGACUGUGAUGAUGGAUCAGACGAAAAGGAAUGCGCCCAAAAUCAAAAGGUUUUUUGUAUUGUUUGCGACCGCACCUACGAUUGCGCAGAUCGCAGCGACGAGUCCUCAGAAUGCUUCAUUGACGAAUGUGCAAAAGCAGAGAAACCGCUUUGUGAGCAGAAAUGCGUCGAUUUGGCGAUUGGCUAUCGUUGCGACUGUUUUGAAGGAUUCGCUAUAGAUAUGGAUGAUAAGAAGAGCUGUCAUAAUGUAAAUGAGUGCUAUGAAGGCAUUUCUGGAUGUAGCCAGACAUGUGAAGAUAAAAUCGGUACGUAUAAAUGUGGUUGCGUGGACGGAUACCAACUUGGAAAAGAUGACCACAGCUGCAAAAGGACGCAGCCAGAACCAGUACCAUGGCUUAUGCUAGCAAAUAAGCAUUACAUCCGUAAGAUAUCCAUUGAUGGUAAUUAUUAUGAAAUGGCAGCGCAAGGAUUCGAAAAUGUGGUGUCGUUAGAUGUUGAUAUGACGGAAAAGAAGGUCUACCUGGUGGACCAAGGGAAGCUACGCUUAUUGCGUGUUGACUUGGACGAAAUGCAAAAUCCGGUAACGAGCUACGAGACCGUACUUCGACACAACAUAUUCGGAAUUGAAGGAUUCGCUAUUGACUGGGUUGGUCGAAAGAUCUACACACUAAAUCGACAGGAAAAAUCGAUCCGAGUUUGUGAACUUGAUGGCCGGUUCUGCAAAACCUUAAUCAGGGAUCGUAUUGCUCAGCCGAAGGCAAUUGCAAUCCAUCCAGGGAAAGGAUAUCUUUUCUUCACCGAAUGGAGUCUCCAGCCGUACAUCGGUCGUAUGGCACUUGACGGGUCACCGGAGCUCGCAGAUCCGAUUGUGAAGUUGGCCGAGAACGAUCUUGGUUGGCCGAAUGCUCUUACCAUUGACUACUAUUCAAAUCGGUUGUUUUGGGGAGAUGCCCAUUUGAAUGAGAUUGGAUUCAUGGAUCUUGACGGUAGUGGGCGACGACAUAUUCCCGCACGACGCACCAGCCAUGUGUCCAGUAUGGUUGUCUUCGAUGAUUACCUUUACUGGUCAGAUUGGAAUCUUCGUGAGGUGGUCCGUUGCGAUAAAUGGACCGGCAAGAAUGAGACUGUGCUCAAGAAAACUGUUCAGCUCCCCAAUGAUCUCAGGAUAAUCCAUCCUCUUCGCCAACCAACCUAUCCGAAUCCUUGCGGCACGAAUAACGGUGGUUGUUCUCAUCUAUGUUUGAUCGGUGCUGGUGGUAAUGGAUACACUUGUUCUUGUCCUGACCAAUUCGUACUGCUCAGUGAUAACAAGACAUGUCAACCCAACUGCACGGACCGACAAUUCGCAUGUGGUGGCGAAGAUGCGAAGUGCAUUCCGAAGCUGUGGUACUGUGACGGUGAGCCAGACUGCCGCGAUGGCAGUGAUGAGCCGGGAAGAGACGUCUGCGGCAUACGCAUUUGCCCAGUUGGCGAAUUCCAGUGCGCGAAUCACAACUGUACGAGACCGUUUCAGCUUUGUGACGGUAAUGAUGAUUGUGGAGAUGGUUCCGACGAGCAGGACUGUGACAAGCCUUGUGAUCCUUGGAUGUUCAAAUGCACCGCUACUGGGAAAUGCAUUCCGAGGCGAUUUACAUGCGAUGGCGACGACGAUUGCGGUGACAGAUCCGACGAAGCUGACAGCCUUUGCAUGAGUCCUGAUCGCAACUGCACUGCUGAGGAGUUUCGCUGCUCGAACCACAAGUGCAUCGCGAAGGCGUGGCGUUGCGACAACGACGACGACUGCGGCGACGGCUCGGACGAGACGUCCGAAUGCACGCAGAUGGAUUGCCGGCGUGGAUGGACGAGAUGCGCCAGCUCAUAUAGGUGUAUACCGAACUGGGCGUUUUGUAACGGGCAAGACGACUGCCGUGACAACUCGGAUGAGAACAAGGAACGUUGUCCAACAUGUGAUGAUAUUGGUGAAUUCCGCUGUGCUACCAGCGGUAAAUGUAUUCCACGACGAUGGAUGUGUGAUAGCGAGAACGACUGUGGCGACAACUCGGACGAGACAGAUGUCAGCUGCGGUGGCACAACCAGACCAUGCUCCGAGAGCGAGUUCAGAUGCAGUGACGGCAAAUGUAUUGCUGGCAGUAAGGUCUGCGAUGGAACUGUGCAGUGCAGCGACGGCUUGGACGAGUUGCAGUGUUUGUCGCGGAACUGUUCCGCUGGUCACCGGCAAUGCGACGACGGUACCUGCAUUGUGGAGCAUAAAUGGUGUGAUCGACGAAAAGAUUGCGCGAAUGCCGCUGAUGAAACGAAUUGCUCACAUGUGAACCGUCGUCCGUGUUCACCGUUCGAAUUCGAGUGUUCGAAUUCGGUGUGCAUUUCACGAAAAUUCAUGUGUGACGGCGACAACGACUGUGGUGAUAACUCGGACGAGACGUCCAGCGACUGUCGCUCCGCCCAGUGCGACCCGCCCCUGCGAUUCCGAUGUGCUCAUUCACGUCUUUGUCUCAACAUUCUGCAGCUCUGCAAUAGUUUCAACGAUUGUGGCCCGAAUGACUACUCGGACGAGCAUCUUUCGAUGUGUUCGAGCUUCUCCGAAUAUGGCGACUGCACACUAAACCAAUUCAAGUGUGCUAAUGGAAACUGCGUUAAUGUGUCGUUUGCCUGCGAUCGCAAUGAUGAUUGUGGUGAUGCAUCUGAUGAGAUUGGUUGCGCGAAGAAAAGUGGCAAGACUUGCGAAUCGCAUAAUGAUAAUGGUGGAUGCAAACAUCUUUGCACAGAUGUAGCCGAUGGCUAUUACUGUCACUGUCGAGACGGUUUCCGUCCUGAUCCGUCGAAUCCGUUCGACUGCAUCGAUGUCGACGAAUGUGUCGGUAACAACACAUGCACACAAAUGUGCUUGAACACUAAAGGAUCAUAUCUGUGCCGAUGCCAUGAGGACUACGAGAACAACGUAGUCGUUGGAGCUAUGACUGGGAAGGACUGCAGAGCAAAGGGUGAUCCUGCCAACAUAAUCGUAGCUGCUGACGAUCAACUUGUCCAGGUUGCCUUGCACGGAGCCGGUGUAAAUCGACGUGCAGCUGCUCAGGCCGAGAACGGCAACGACAUCGUUGCAAUAGCCUUUGAUGCACGACGGGAACUGCAGUACUGGAUCGACGGCAGCAAUCAUGAGAUCUACAGGGCGUCGGAACCUCGCGGCAAUCAGUCACACGUCGGACAGCGCCUGGAUCUCGACUUCGCCUCGUUGCGCGUGACGCCGACCGAUAUCGCUGUCGACUAUCUCACAGGCAAUAUUUUCAUCACCACGGUUUCCAACGACGAGGUCGAAAUAUCGUCUGCCGGAAGAGUGCGGCGAAUGAGCGAGCCGAUCCAGAACACCGACACUGGUGCUGUGUAUGUAGCCUUGUCAGAUGGACGCUAUUUGAAGAAGAUCAUUGAUGGUAAUUUGCAAAUGCCUACUGCUAUCGUCAGUCUGCCGUCGCUAGGUCGGAUUUGCUAUGCUGAUGCUGGACUACACGCGAAGAUCGAGUGCGCCGACAUGGAUGGAACACACAGGGAGAUUAUCGUAAAAGACCUUGUUUUUUCGCCGACGUCAAUGGCUGUAGACGAGGGCAAAGGCAAUCGUAUCUACUGGGCAGACCCGAAAUAUAGAAAAGUGGACUCUGUGAAUCCCGACGGCUCUUACCGAGUGACCGUUGUUCACAGUACAAACUCACCAUGGGCUAUUGAUGUGUUCGAGAAUUAUCUGUACUGGGUGUCACGCGAGACAAAUACACUCUACGUCCAGGACAAGUUCGGCCGCGGACGAGUUUCAGUGCUGGCGUCAAAUUUAGAAGAUGUACAUGCCGUACGGGUUAGUCAAAGGUACGCCCGUGACACCAUCCGAGCGAAAAGCUCUUGCUCAGACGCAACAUGUAGUCACAUUUGUGUUGAGCUGCCGAAUUCCGGAUUCUCUUGUCUCUGUCCCGAUAACGGCUUCCCAGCUACGGUUGGAACUUACGUUCAGAGAGGGAGUUUUUAUGAAAAUCUCGCAUCUUAUUCGCAUGCGUUGUGUUGCCGCCUUACAUCAGCAAAAUAUUCGCUGACUUUGGAG